AUGAUCAACAAACAAAAUUCAACUAUAUCGCGGUCAACAAAUUUUCUUACUGACAAUGUUCGACAUUUUAUAUCCACUUUUCUACCUACAAAUGUCCUUGAUGAAGCGCGUCAACUACACAAGGCGAUUAAUGCUGAAUAUAAUGGAACAAUUACUUUUUCUGAUAAUAAAUCGAAUCGAGCGCAAUUUAUUUGUGUACCACCGGAUGCUUCUGUUACACAUGUUAAGAAAUUAAUGCUUCGACAUUGGUGUAAAGAUAAACCAUCACNAAAAUUAUUAAGAGCAUUUCGACGUGGCCUUCGAAAAGUGGCAACGACAACAGGAGCUUGGAUAAUUACAGGAGGUAUGAAUACAGGAAUCAUGAAACUUGUUGGUGACAUCGUUCCAACAAAUCCAAAUAAUUCGCGUCCAACCCAUAUAAUUGGUAUUGCAACAUGGGGCUGUGUAUCGAAUUGUGACCAGCUUCUUGUAGAUGGAAGUAAUGUGGGUUAUGUGAAGUCACAUUCUACAGAGAGAGGUCAAGCGCCGCUUGAACCUAAUCAUACUGAGUUCAUUUUCAUCAACGAUGGAACUCGACGAGAAUAUGGAGGUGAAAUCAAAUUUCGCGCGAAUCUUGAGCGAGCUAUUGCAGAAGACUUUUUUGCACCACAAUCUCCAUCAAAUGUAACGGAUUCCCUUCGAAGUUCAUCCAGAAUUAUAUCGACACGUGCAGAAUCAUCAGAUCCAGUACCAGUGGUCCUACUUGUUGUUGAAGGUGGCCCAAAUACUGUUCGAACAGGUUCAUACAGAUGCUAG